AUGAAUUCCAUACCGUUGCAAUAUGAAAGUUUGAAAGCAGUCCUGAUUCAUAUGGAUCCCAACGUUCGGUUCCAAAUUUCGCGUCGACUACCUGCGAUCCGCUCAACUGAAAAACUCGUGCCACUCAGAAUUCGGAAAUUGAAGCUAGACGGCGUUUCUACGGCAGUUGAUAAUACAUUUUAUGAUUUGGGAAUCUAUCGAGACUACGAGCCAGGCGUGAAAGCUCCAAGGAAUGUUAAGAUGUACAAUGAUUUCACUGGAACUUUUCAUGAUCUGGAUGAAUACGGAUUUCAGACCUAUUCGGAUUCUGUUUUGGAUGCUGGAGACAUCUCCUUCCAACAUCCAAAUGGCCCACCUUUCCAAAUGGGCACUGACGACAUUACUGAAAAAGUCUAUACAGAAGAAUUGAAGAGGAACCGGAUACUAGUGACGAAUGGGGCCGUUUUAAACGAAAUCCGUCUGAAAUAUGCGAUGGAAACGCCAAUGAAUAUUCUGGAGGAUUUCGCCGACGACGCUCGCUCCAAUCUUGUUCCUUUUGAAUGUCGUCGUUUCGAUCGGAAACCACCAUACACUUGCUACAUUCAGCUGACUGUCAUCUGUAACAAGAAAACGAAACUAAUCGAAAGAUAUGCAUACAACAUGAAGCUUUACGAAGCGAUGAAACGAUUGAAUACAUUGCUUUUUGGAGGAAGACGCCCAGGAAUUCAAGCUCAAAGUGUCCAGUUGCCGAGAUUUGGCGCCGUUUUGAGACUGCCAAUCGGGUUUAGAGUGAAAACCAAACAACUUGAAAACGGGUAUUCUUUGAAUGAGUGGAGCGAAGGUGUCAAUCUGAUGCUAGACGCCUCUUGUUUCCCAUUGAAUGUUCUUAAACUGCCGAUUUACAAUAGAGAAAGAGAAGAUUUUGAGUUGCCGAUAGUCAGAGAUGCUAAGAAGUUAAUUGUUCACAACUCUGACUCACAAUUCGAUAUUCUACCGAUUCUCACAACUCUUUCUAAUAAAGAGGUGGUUCUGGCGGCUACAUAUAGAGAGGUUCCAAUUCAAUCAUAUUUUGAAUUAAUCGAAAACUGGCUAGAUGCCGAUAAGCCUGUCGGAACUUGUUACUCAUUUGGAAUAAAGGAAGAAGAUACAGCAAAAGAGCUUCUCAAGGUUAUCAAAAGCCGUGUGGAGAACACAAAGAGGACUAAAAGAUGUAUCUCUGUCAUCACUGGAAACAACACAAAACUCGAAGUGUUCUAUGUCCCUAUCAAAAAUCCACGCAGUCGAGAGCAAAAGGAUUUCAUGUACAAUUGCAAAUGGGUUCUCAAAAUACGGAUUGUACGAUUAUAA